ACAACCCAACUCUACUCAUAAAUAAAUACAAAAGGGGAGUAUUCAGGUGAUGUUCAGAGAGAACAAGAAGUCAAAAAAGAGAGAACGAGAGAGAGAGAGAGAGAGAGAGAGAGAGAGAGAGAGAGAGAGAGAGACAGAAGAAGAAGAAGAAGAAGAAGAAGAAGAAGAAGAAGAAGCAGGAUAAAAUUAGAUGAUAAAAAGAAGAACAGGAACAAGAACAAGGGAGUGAAGCUGAAUUUAUUGAAAAUAUGGAAUCUGCACAUGACAUUGAAUACAUCUGCAAGUAAAUUUAAGUCAAGUCAUGUGUGAUUAACAAUUUCUCAAUCAGAUGUAAGAAGUUCAAAUUUGAAUUGUCAGAUUAUCUUCAAGAUGGACAGCCAGAACCAAUAUCAUGUAUCUCGGCCCAUCUACUCCACACGUGCCUUUGAACAUGCAAAUGAAAGACAAGUCAGAGAGACGAAGAGCCUCAAAGAAAAGCUCAGAAAUUCCUGCAGCUGCUCAGGUAAACGGAUCUUGCGGCUGGUUAAAACGUUUUUCCCAAUCCUUGAGUGGCUCCCAGCAUAUGAACUCAGGCUAUGGCUUUCUGGUGAAAUUAUAUCAGGAAUCACUAUGGGAAUGGUGUGUGCUCUGCAAGGACUGGCCUACUCACUGCUGGUUAAUGUUGGUCCUGUGUAUGGACUUUUUGCUGCGUUCUUCCCAAUUCUCCCCUACUUCAUUUUGGGCACAUCUAGACACCUAUCUGUAGGCCCAUUUCCAGUCACCUGCCUGAUGAUGGGAUCAGUGGUGUUGAAUCUUGCUCCUGAUGCGAUGUUCAUGAGACCAGGGAAUGGGACAGGUAUGAAUGGGACAGCAGCAAUGGUGAUGAAUGUUGCAGAAAGAGAUGCAAUGAGAGUGGCACUAUCCACCUCUAUGACUGUGCUGAUUGGACUGUUUCAGCUGGCCAUGGGUGUGGCCCAGGUGGGUUUCUUGGUGCGUUAUCUAUCUGAACCACUGGUGGGAGGCUUCACCACAGCAGCAGCUGUGACUGUAGUAGUCUCUCAGCUAAAACUGAUUUUUAAUGUUCCCACUGAAAACUACAAUAGUGUCCUGGCGAUUUUUUAUACUAUUGGGGACGUAUUUAAAAACAUUAAGAAAUCCAACAUGGUUGACUUCAUUGCUGGAAUACUGACUAUCAUUGUGGUAAUGCUUGGAAAAGAGUUCAACAUCAGAUUUCAGAAACAGCUUCCAGCGCCUAUCCCCUUUGAAGUGAUAGUGACAAUUAUUGAUGCAGGAGUUUCUUAUGCAGUGGACCUUAGCACCAAUUACGGUGCUGGCAUUGUUAAAUAUAUCCCAAGAGGAUUUAUUCCACCUCAGCCUCCAGAUGUAUCACUCUUUAGCAGUAUUGUGAGCCCAAGCUUUUCCACAGCAGUGGUGUCUUAUGCCAUAGCAAUAUCAGUGGCUAAAGUCUAUGCAGCAAAACAUGACUUGGUAGUUGAUGGAAAUCAGGAAUUGAUAGCCUUUGGAUUCAGCAACAUUGUCUGUGGCUGUUUUGGUGGCUUUGUGGCCACCACUGCACUUUCACGUACAGCGAUACAGGAGAGUACAGGAGGAAAAACUCAGGUAGCAUCGAUAAUUUCCGCUCUGUUGGUGCUGAUAGUGAUCGUGGCUCUUGGGCCUCUACUUCAGCCUCUGCAGAAGUCAGUGCUGGGGGGCAUUGUUGUUGCCAACCUGAAAGGUAUGUUUAUGCAGCUGUAUGAUGUGCCCAUACUAUGGAGGAAGAACAGGACCGAUUGUCUUAUUUGGGUGUUUACAUUCAUUGCCUGCAUCCUGCUUGGACUAGAUAUCGGUUUGCUGGCUGGCGUAGUGUUUGAGGUUGGCACUGUGGUUAUCAGGACACAAUUCCCAACUUGUUCAACACUUGGAAAUAUACCCAACACAGACAUCUACAAGAAUAUGAAAGACUAUAAAAAUAUUGUCGCAUGUCCUGGAACAAAGAUUUUCAAGUGCAAUGCACCAAUAUAUUUUGCCAACAUCGAUUAUCUGAAAGAUCAGAUAAAGCAUAUAGUGGGAUUUGAUGCAGUGCAAGUAUUUAAGAAAAGGAACAAAGCAUUAAAGAAGAUUCACAGUCUAAUCAAGAAGGGGAAGCUUAAAGUCACAGAGAAUGGCUUGGUGCCAUUGGAAGAACAGGGUGUGAUCAAUGAGGGGUUUGAGAAUGAACGGGACCCUGAGCAGGUGGAAGGUGAACCACAGCAGGAAGUGAAAAAUGGAGCUCGAUCAGAUGUGGAUGUGGAGGUGCAAGUGGACUGGACAGCUGAACUGCCUUUCGACAUCACAGUCCCCAAAGUCAACAUCCACAGCUUGGUGAUGGACUUCUGUGCUGUCUCCUUCCUAGAUGUGAUGUCAGUAAAGUCCCUCAGACUGAUCAUAAAGGAAUUCCUACGCAUUGGAGUCAAUGUAUAUAUUGCUGGCUGUGAUGAUGAGAUUAUCAUGAAGAUGGAGUCCAUAGGCUUCUUUGAUGAGAUGGUACACAGAGGCAUGCUCUUCCUCUCUGUGCAUGAUGCAAUUCUCUACAUCAAGAUGGAAACUGAUAGUGAUAUAGAAGACCCGAUGAUAGAGAAGAUAGCACAGCUACAGCAUGACAAAGAAUCUUUCACUGAUGAUGAAGACUUGAUUGAGACCUAUGACAACCAGCGUUUGGCUAUCCAUGGUCUCUCAGGCUGAGCCUGAACUGAUGCUUUCUUUGGACCUAGAAAAAAGCCAACAAGGUCUUCCAACCAAAAGAACACAGGACACAGAUUAAGAUGACACACUUAAAUGUGCUUAAUUAUCAUCCGCGAACUAGAGUGAAACUAAUUUUAAAAAAAUGUGUAUAUAAAUGAUACAUUGUACAUAUCCUGGGAGUUUAAAGGGGGCAGAAGUGUUACUGAGGCUUAAUGUGACAAUUUGCUUAGGCAAUUUCUUAUUAUUUUGCUAUUUUUGUAAGCACUCGCUCAGGACAUAAGCUGAUAUGUACUGAAAUAUCAGGUGUACCUGAGACUGUUAAUCAUGCAGUUGGUACUGUUUAAUAUUUGAGAAAAUUUAAGGAAAUUGUUUUAGCAUAAUACAAUGACACACUGCAUCAAAGACUUUGAGGUAUUUACAGCACUUUCACACUUUUACUCCUAGUCUCUGUGGGAAUCCCUUCCUUUACUUUAUACCAUUAUAACGUCAAACCAUACCAUGUAACAUUCAUAAUAUGCACAACUCUUCCCCCAUAAUGUUUUUUUAUUUAUUUAUUUAAUUUGUUUUUUUAACUUCCAAGCAUGUCAUACCAUUAUACACAUUAAUGUAUUCAAUAAUUUCCCUGUUUGAAAAGUAGUAUUUUUUAGCACUCCAUAGAUUUUCACUCUGCCAUACCUGGUUUAGUUUUUAACUGCAGACAAGCAGGAUAUAAUUUCAGGUAAUAUAUAAUAUUUAAGCUAAUUUCUGCAUCUAGUACACUUCUCAGGUAUUUAUCUUUAUGACUUAAUACUUCCUCACUAAUUUUACUAUUAUAACAUUCUUUUUUUGUGCUGCACUGUCCUGUAAAUUUACAAGAAAAUAGAAGAAAAUGACAGAACUAAAGCAUUUAUUUUACAGCUGUCAGUGUUCUGCUUCUCUUGUCUUUAUGCUAUAAUAAUGUUAUAAUCCAUAUGAUGCCAAUGUAUUCUAUAUUCUUCCAGUUACUGUAAUCUCAAAUACAACUAAUUUUGCUGCAUCUUCAAAUUAUUAGGUAGCUAUCCUAUUCCCAUUAUUAUUAUUAUUAUUAUUAUUAUUAUUAUUAUUAUUAUUAUUAUUAUUAUUUUACCUUUAAUCUGUGUAUUAAAAAUAUUUACAAUGAAAAAAGAAUGACUUAGAAUGAAAGAAGAUUUAUAAUGGGAAAAACACACAAUUAUUUGUGUUAGAAUAUGAAUUUUCCUAGUCUUUUUUUAACACUACAAUCUGCCAAGUACUGCAAAGAUGUCUAUAUUCAUUUGAGUUUGACUGUAGUCUUGUUUGGAACACUGGUCUGUAUAUUUGGUGGUUUAUUCUACUUAAUUGUGUAGUAUUGGCCACCAUUGCACAAGUAAUUUCUUGAUUUGUCUCUCAUUUGUGAGAGUGUAUUAUCCCAACCUACUGGAUUUCAAUAGCACAAGCAUUUAGAGCUAGACUCAUGUAUGAGAGGACCCUGCUGUGGAUAGGCAACUUUGAUGCAAAGAUUUUGGAGCAGGUAGUCUCGGGUAGUUGGUGAUUUACAAAGGGUCCAAAAUGACCUCAGCUGUGUCCCAUGACCUUUGCUCUAGUUUAUACCCCUAAUGGUCAAGCGGGUAAACAUUUGUCAAUAUUCACAACAAGGAUACAGCAAUGCUAUUAAGUCUGCUUGGGAGCCACCAACAGUUUAAUCUAUUCUACAGAGAAACAUUAGAGGUAGGUGCAAUUCUAUACAUUGCAGAAAGUUGAAGAUGAUACAAGAUGAGAAAAGUAAUUUGCCAAACAAUGUGGAAAGGACCUAUAUAUUUAUGAUAUUUUUAAAGGUGUUUUUUUUUUUUUUCCAUUGUGGAUAACCGUAUAAUCUUUCCACUUGCAUGUUUGUACUUGGACAAUCACUAGACAUUAGGGUAAUAUUAAUGUUUUAGUGGUUUCAAAAGGUUUUUCAUAUAUUUGAGCUUUACUGAGUCCCCUGGUCUAGAAUCUUGUGUUCAGGAACGCCGUGGAACAUGAAAACCUUUUUUUAACAGCUUGGCCAUCUCCAGGACAUAGGGAGCUUAGGCAAGGGGAUUAACUGCCAAUUACCACUAAGGUACUGAUGUAACUGUUGAUGGGAUCUAAGCCGAUGAGAAAGUCUAUACUAAUGUGGCAGCUUCUAUUACACAGUGUGGCAUGGAGGGCACUGGGGGUCUGAAACUGGAGGGAUCCAGUGACAUGUAGAAUUUGGGCUAUUUGAUCAAAAUACAAUUGCCAGAAAUGUAGGAUUUGAGCUGGACUUUAUGAACAACAGGCUUGGGUAGCGGUUCAAGAAGCCCUCCCAUGAUAAUACUAAAUACCUCUGUCAAGCCUUGAUACAUGUGUACAUCUACAAAAGCAUGGUUUUUGGAAUGCUCUGUUGCAGUAACAUGGAAGGUUUUGGCAAUGUAAUCCUAAAGGUGAUGUUUUCUUUUUCUUUUACUUUUAUUUGGCCUCCAAAUAUUUUUUGGGCUAAUGCAAUUUUAAUAUCUCCAUUUUGCUCAGUUAAUUUGCACAUAAGAUUGCAGCUUUCAAAGUGACUUGAUAAAUCACACUUCUGGGAAUAUUAUUUGGCCCUUGACUUCUAUGGAGUUGAAAGGAAUCCAAGAAUGUAGCCACCCUAAACCUCAUACUAUGUUGCACCUCUGCGCUGUUUGGUGCAUUGCUAUAUGUAGAAAUGUGCAGCCAUCUGAUCAAUCAGCAGUGUUUUCCUUUCUCCAAACAUAACACUUCUUAUUUAAACAAAAGAGUUAUAUUUUGGCCUCAUCCGUCCACAAACCUUUAUUCCAUUAGCCUUCUCGCUUGUCCAUGUUAGCAAACUGCAGACGGGCAGCAGUGCUCUGUUGUAUAGCAGUGACUUUUGUGCACUGUUGUUCAGUGUUCUCCUGAUGGUGGACUCAUGAACAUUAAAAUUAGACAAUGUGAGAGAGUCCUUUAGUUGCUUAGAAGUAACCCUGGCUCCUUUUGUGACCUUGCGGACUAUUACAUGUCUUGCUUUUGGAGUGAUCUUUGUUGGUCGACCACUCCUGGGGAGCAUAACAAUGGUCUUAAAUUUCCUCAAUUUGUACACAUUCUGUCCGACUCAGGAUUGGUGAAGUCCAAACUCUUUAGAGAUGGACAUCAACAACUCUUUUUCUCAGGUCCUCUGAAAUCUCCUUGCUUUAUGCCAUGAUACAGUUCCACAAACAUGUGUUGUGAAGAUCAGACUUGAUAGAUCCUUGAUCUUUAAAUAAAACAGAGUGCUCACUCA